AUGCCCGGUCCUUGCGAAGUAUGUUCUUUGGAACCCUCCAAAUAUCGCUGUCCAACAUGCGCACUUAUGAGCUGCUCUCUCGCUUGCACGCAGUCCCAUAAGAUUUACUGUGCCCCCAAGGCAGCUCCGGCGAACGAAACUCCCGAAAUACCUGCAACAGCCGAUAUCAACCCACCUCUGCAGAAUGGAGAUAGCACUCAAGGAGCGGUGGGUUGCACCGAGAGCAAGCGCGAUCAGAGCUUUCCUGCGUCUAUAGCCGCGUCCCCAGAGCUCAAGGAGCUGCUCCUCCGCCACCCUCAGCUCCGCAGUCAGUUGCACGAGAUAUACCAAGGAACACAGGAAGACCAGUGGGUAGAGUGGUAUACACCGCCAACUCGAGGGCGCGGCCAUGGCCGAGGUGGUAGGGCUUCGACUCGCCGCAGUCGAGGCCCAUGGACAUCCGAGAAAGGGUUCAACCGCGGCCUUGGCAGGGUACGGAAGCUUAGGCAUGAUUGCGAAGAAGGAACGGAGACGGGCAGUAACGCGGAGGCAUUCAUGCAAUUUUUGGCCCUGGUGAACCGCGAACAACACCAACUAGAGCAGCCGGAAAACCAACAGCACGCGACAUAA